AUGGCGAAGGAUCACAAGAAACGUACAGCUCUAUCACAUGCCAUCAUCAACGGACAAGAACAUUGUGCAGCUAUGCUAUUGGCAAAAGGCGCUGACUUCCUCAAGGUAAUCGAAAUUAUUCGAAUUGGAGUAACUACUAAGAACGCGCCUCUAAAGGGUGAUUCUUCCAACAACACACCAGCGCACUAUGCUGCUGCCUAUGGAUGGUUGGAGUGUUUGAAACUUUUGGCUGAUGUUGAUCCGAGCUGCCUCAAACAAGAGAAUGAUUGGAAGCUGACACCGCUUUCCAUCGCAUACCUCAAAGGUAUUGAGCUAAAAAAACUAUUUUGUAAAAAUAAAAUCACAUUGGUAUAG